AGCCUGCCUUCCACCGCCUCCCGGCUGUCCUACCUGAAGCCGGUUAAACGCAGGAAAUCGCAGGGCCGUGAGAUCACCCGCAGCUCUUCCGGGCCGAGGAGAGGCGCGCAGGUGUUUCUGGCCUGCUCGGUGGGGAGGGACCCCAGAAGUCGAGGAGCCAUGCGGGGCAAGGACGACGAAUACGACUACCUGUUCAAGAUUGUCCUCAUUGGGGACUCAGGCGUGGGGAAGAGCAACCUGCUGUCGCGCUUCACCCGGAACGAAUUCAACCUGGAGAGCAAAAGUACCAUCGGGGUGGAGUUUGCGACGCGCAGCAUCCAGGUGGAGAACAAGACGGUGAAGGCGCAGAUCUGGGAUACAGCUGGCCAGGAGCGCUACCGGGCCAUCACUUCCGCCUACUACCGGGGAGCGGUCGGCGCCCUUCUCGUUUAUGACAUCGCCAAGUACCUGACCUAUGAGAACGCGGAGCGCUGGCUGAAGGAGCUGCAGGACCACGCUGAUGCCAACAUUGUCAUCAUGCUCGUGGGCAACAAGAGUGAUCUGCGCCACCUGCGGGCCGUGCCCACUGACGAGGCCAAGAGCUUUGCAGAAAAGAACGGCUUGUCUUUCAUAGAGACGUCCGCUCUGGAUUCCACCAACGUGGAGACGGCCUUUCACAAUAUCCUGACAGAAAUCUACCGGAUUGUAUCCCAGCGGCAACUUGCUGGAGGGCAGCCCGAGGCAGAGUUCAGCCACAGCACCACCAUCGAGCCCAUCAAAGUCCUGCCCACCCACCAGGAAGGGAGACAAGCCCCUUGCUGCCAGAACAUCUAACCUCUGGUGGGAAACGGUUGCAGAGUGAGGAGGCAGCCCAGAAACCACCAGGUGCCUUCCCUGCCCCCCUGGGGAGAGACCGGUGCCAGGCCCACCCAGCGCCCACCCUCCUUGCUCUGUGUCAUGCACACCCAUUUCUCCACACCGCUUGAAGCUACCCAUUGGCUCCAGCUGAGGUGCCCCUCUGCUGCCCAGAAGUCCUGGAUUUCCCGAGAGAGGAUGGCCUUCAGUCACCUCUGAGCCCCUGACAGAUUUUGGGGUGGGGGAGGA